AUGUCCGCUCGCACCGCCCUGUUGGCUCUGUCCCGAAGCUCCACCGCGAUGGCGCCCAUGUGCUGCGGCGCCGCGUUCGGCGCGCGCGCGCUGUACUCCACCGUGAUCGAAGGACUGAAGUACAUGCCAUCGCACGAGUGGGCGAAGGUUGAGGGCGAUGUCGCGACCAUCGGCAUCACCGACCACGCGCAGGCUGAAUUGGGAGACAUUGUUUACGUGGAACUGCCGGAAGUCGGCAGCAAGGUUGAGGCCAAGUCGUCCUUCGGCGUCGUUGAGUCCGUCAAGGCUGCGUCCGACGUGUACUCCCCGCUCUCCGGUGAAGUUGUGGCUGUCAAUGAUGCCUUGAACGACACUCCGGGCAUGGUUAACGAAAGCUCCUUCGGCGAAGGCUGGCUCAUGAAGGUCAAGAUGUCCAACCCGAGCGAAGUCGACAACAUGAUGGACGCGGCUGCUUACGAAGCCUCCUGCCAAUAA